UCUGCGCGGCGGUUGCGCCCCGAGCCGCCGCUGCCGCCGCUCAGUUGGCGACAUGGCCCGGCCGCUGCCGCUCCUGCUGCUGCUGCUGCCCGUGCUCCUCGCCGGGCUCCUCUCGUGUCCCGGAGCCAUGGCCAGCUACCCGCCCAACUGCGCCCAGUAUGGGAAGUACAUGUGUCCAAGGGACUACCAUCCAGUCUGUGGCACUGAUGGAGAGACCUAUGGAAACGAGUGUGUGCUCUGCCUUGCUAACAGGGAAGAUAAUACGCAUAUAGAAAUUGUCCGAAAGGGACAUUGCUGAUAUGACAGAUGGCUGCUUUUCAAGAAAAUUAGAGGGUCACAGACAAUCCAAAUGGAAACAAUGCCUUAAGUGUACCUUCUGUGUAGCCUGUCUUAAUAAACUUGCAUAUUUAAAGUUUA